AUGCGUGCUUUAUUUAUCGUCGGACUAGCGACAUUUACCUGCAUGCCUGCCUCUGCUGAGCAGCAGGGCUUCGACGCCCACAAAGUAUCAGUCAGAAAGGGCGUACAGCCAGCAGUGGCAAUGAUAGCUCCCCAACUAGUGCCUAGAGUCAACCCGCCAUCGCCAGCGCCAGCGUCAGUGGCCCCUCCAAAACCACCUGUUCCUCCGGCAUCACCGGGUAUCGACUCAGCUCCCAGGGCCGCUCCAAAACCAGGGAUCCCACCGCCACAACCUCCUAAUACAGGGUCGGACAAUGGGCCACCGCCUUCAGCAAACUCGCCUGGCCGCUCCGCGGGUCUCCGCGUGAUCGACCCAACGGGCUUUGGUGUCUUUGCCCUGGCUGUUGCUUUUGCCGUUGCUGUUGCUACUGCUACCUACCUGAUUUGA